AUGGAGUCACUUCUUCUACUUUUGUGCCUAGCUCUUCCACUAUUUCUUUUCUUCUUCUUCCAAAAGCACAGAGCCACAACACGUCCUCAUGGUCCUAGAGGCCUUCCUAUAAUAGGGAAUCUUCAUCAGCUGCACAAUCCUACCCUUCAUCUGCAGCUAUGGAAGUUCUCAAAAAAAUAUGGCCCCAUGUUUUCACUUCAACUCGGUUUAAGGCCAUGCCUUGUUGUCUCCUCCUCCACAAUGGCUCAAGAGGUUCUGAAAAUCCAUGACCUUCACUUUUGUGGUAGACCAUCCUUUCUCAGCCAAAAGAAACUGUUCUACAAUAGGGUCGAGAUAGCAUUUUCCCCAUACAAUGAUUCUUGGAGAGAAAUAAAAAAAAUAUGCACAGUUCAUGUCUUUAGCUUGAACCGUGUCUCAAGCUUCUCCUCUAUACGGCAAUUUGAGAUCAAUCAAGUGAUCAGAAAGAUAUCAUUGCAAGCUUCUUCUUCAAAAGUUACCAAUUUGAGUGAGGUUGUGAUGUCUCUGACUAACACUAUAAUUUGUAGAGUUUCUUUUGGGAGAAGCUGUGAAGAGGAAGGAAGAACCAAAAGUAGGUUCCUUAACCUGCUUAAUGAAUCUCAGGUCUUGUUGGGUACAUUCUUUGUUUCUGAUUAUAUUCCAUUAAUGGGGUGGAUUGAUAAACUCAGAGGAUUGCAUGCUCGUCUUGAAAGGAACUCCAAGGAGAUGGAUGCAUUUUUGCAAGAAGUUGUCAACCAGCACCUUGAUAAAAAAUCAGAUGAAGAGGAUAUCAUUGAUGUCUUGUUGAAGCUGAAGAAGCAGAAUUCAUUUUCAUUUGAUCUCACUUAUGAUCGGAUCAAAGCUGUGCUCCUAGAUAUGCUUGUUGGAGGAACAUAUACAAGUGCUGCCACAGUAAUUUCGGCUAUGACCAAAUUAAUAGGAAACCCCAAAGCAAUGAUGAAAGUUCAAGCAGAAGUUAGAAAUUCGUUUGGGAACAGAGGCUUUGUUGAUGAAGAUGAAAUCCAGAAGCUUGGCUACCUUAAGGCAGUGAUAAAAGAGACACUGAGAUUAUUCCCUCCUGUGCCACUACUUUUAGCAAGAGAAACGAAUGAAGAAUGCAUUAUAAAAGGGUAUAAAAUUCAAGCCAAGACAUUGGUGUAUGUGAAUGCAUGGGCCAUUCAAAGAGACCCUGAAAUUUGGAAAGACCCAGAAAAGUUCUAUCCUGAGAGGUUCUUGGAGAGUUCAAUUGAUUUUAAGGGACAAGACUUUGAGCUGAUUCCAUUUGGUUCAGGAAGAAGAAUUUGCCCAGGGUUACAUUUUGGAGUUGCCAAUGUGGAGAUUAUACUUGCAAACCUUCUUUAUUGGUUUGAUUGGGAAAUGCCAACUGAGAUAGAAAAAGAAGUCACAAACAGUCAAAUGCAGCCAGGCAUUGUCCAGAUUGAGAAGGAUUCUCUUUUUCUUGUGCCCAAGAAAAUGGACGUAUUAAUUUUUUUUACCUGA